AUGGCUACCGUUGUUCUUCAACAACACUCCGCGCUACGAGAGCAGUCGAGUACACCACCUCUGCUGGGUUCUACACUCACGCUGAACACUCCACGCUCGUCCACACCUAUCCCGAAUAAACACAUUCCCUACUGCCCCCCAGGGCCCGCCCCUUCGGGUGAGAUAACUCCACCAAGUUCUCCACCACAACGGAAUCCGCCUGUGAAGUCAACCUCGACUCUUCACCCACCUCACGACCAUCCCAAGCUCUUGAAAUCACCUCCAAUAUAUGGCCUGAGCAGCGACAGUCUAGCAGCAGCGCUAAAGCAUGCUGCUGAACAGUCGCUCCCAAGUUCUGCCUCCGUGUUCCCCUGGUUACAUGGCUUGCAUCCGAACAAUCAGACACAACUACAGUUCUUCGUGGCCAGGAAGAAGUCGUUGAGGAGCACACCGAGAUGCUUAAGAGGGAUCACCAUCAUCAAAGCAGGUGGUGACCUCAGUCGAGCACGAAUGAAAGGCGCCGUUGCUCCGGACGAGGUACUCAACCUCUCUGAUGAGGCAGGCAAGGGUUUCAUCGAUUGUGACCCUCCAGAAGGCUUCUCGGUGCGUAACUUCCAUAUCCAGGCCGCAAAGAUGGCUCAAGUUUCAGAUAUCGUUGUCUAUGGCGAUGAGCGCACAAACCAUAGGAUCAUCCAAUCUGUUGCUGAAAGAGCGGCCCAGGUGCAGCGCUCCUGGAAGAAAGACCUUGAAGCACAAGGACAGAGUCCUGAAACCUACCACACUUUCGUCCUGACGUCUACUUGGGAGAACUUUGAAAAAGCUUAUCCUGAGUUUGUUGCUGUAGAUUCUCGUGGAAAGCCGACUGGGAAAGUGCUGGAUUUCCUCCAACAGGAGCGCAUCGAGAUGUGUGCCAUGUCCAAAGCCAGCCAAAUUAGUCAAGGUGUUUACCAAGGACCGUCGCCUAAUCCCAUGCUACUGCCAACUGAUAAUGAGGGUCCUGAAUUUGACCUUCUGAUAGAGUGCAGUGACCAUGCAAACAUCCCUGACACGAAAACAUUCUCUUAUAAGUCGAAGCAAUUGCAGAGCAGAACGAGCAACGAUCCAGUCAACAUCUCCUUCCCAUCUUCGGGCUCGAUGAUGCCAUCCUCCUGGGCACAAGCGGAGGCUGACGGAAUACUCCGUAUGUGCCAAUGGAUCUACAACCUGACACAUGUCGCUCGGUCCACACCUUGUACCCCUGACAAGGACGGCGAUAUACCCAUGACGGAGCUCACACCACGAACGCGAAAAGUCCUUCUUCAUUGUCCAGAUGGUUAUACCGAGACGAGUCUAUUGACUGUGGCAUACUACAUGUUUGCUGAAGGUGUACCCUUGCAUGAUGCAUGGUUACAACUGCACUGCGACAAGAAGAGAAACUUCUUCGCUUAUGCUUCAGAUGUUGCCUUGUUGCGCUCGGUAGAGCAACGUAUACUCGACGAGUCUCCUGCGAGUGUCAAGAUAUCGUCAUGCCCAACCUGGUUAGGUAAAUUCGAUGGCAGUUUGCCAAGUCGCAUAAUGCCGUACAUGUAUCUCGGCAACCUGACACAUGCCAACAAUCCAGAACUCCUGAAGCGCCUUGGCAUCAAGCGCAUUCUUAGCGUUGGCGAACCUGUGUCGUGGUCGAAAGCGGAAUGGGAAAGCUGGGGUCGUGAGAAUGUCAAAUUUGUUGACCGGGUACAGGACAAUGGUAUUGAUGAGCUAGGGACUGAGAUUGAGAAGUGUAUAAAGUUUAUUGGUCGAGGCAAGAAAGAAGGCAGCGCAACACUUGUGCAUUGUCGUGUUGGUGUGUCGAGAUCCGCGACAAUCUGUAUUGCUGAAGUCAUGGCAAGCCAGGAAAUGAGCUUUCCUCAAGCAUACUGCUUUGUGAGAGCUCGACGACUCAACGUCAUCAUCCAGCCCCAUCUUAAGUUCGUGUACGAGCUUAUGGUCUGGGAUGAGAUCCAACAAGAACGACGAGGGAACAAAGUGCAACGUGAGCUAGAAUGGACAACAGUUGCCAGGGAAAUCGCAAGUCUGAACCGACCUUACUCGAGAGCUUAG